AUGAAUCGUUCCUCGAAAUUUAUUCUCUCUAACAAUAAUAAUAAUACUAAUAAUAACAGUAGUAGUAAUACUAAUGCUAUAGUUACAACUGGUAGUAUUGGCACCAGUGGAUCAUUGAGUCAGAGACAAUUUAAACCGGAUCAUUUUAUAGACUCUGUACCUAGUCCAGAAUUACUACUAUUUCUUUCAUCUAACAACAAUAAUAAUAGUAAUAAUAAUAAUAUUAUUAAUAGUUCAAAAACACAUCCAGCAACAGCGCCUAUGACAACAACAACAACAACAGAUUCAGAUUUAUCUCAUUGUUCCUCUUCUACUUCUAAUUCUAAUAUUUCUUAUGAUUUACAAUCCUAUUCUUCUUCUUGUUCCUCCUCGUCCUCUUCUGCUGCUGCAAAGAUGUGUGCACGCACAAAUAAAUCAAAAAUGCAUUUCUCAGAUUCAUUUACACAAAUCCAAUUCGGUGGUCAAUCAAAUAAUCCUUGUCUUGAUGUCUUAUCAUCGUUUGAUGAUAAACCUGAUGAAUCAAGUACUACGGCUACUACUAUUACUACUACUACUAGUAGUCAUUCACCGGUUGACUUUUUAUCUACUCCUCUUAAACGAGUGCGCCAUCUUUAAAAACUUAUAAUAAUAAGCAGUAAUGCAAUACAAAACGAAAAUAUGCAACACAACUAAAAUCUAGAUGUCUUAUUUUCAGAUUAUAUUCGUAUCAUAUAAAUACAUAUAUAUAUAUACAUAGACAUGUACUGUACUGUGUGCUUUUAUUUUGUCCCUGUUAUUUUAAAGAAUACAUUUAUAUAUAUAUAUAUAUAUGCUUAUAUUGUAAUCUAUCUAUCUUACUAGAUAAACCAAAUUAAAUAUUGUUGUAUUUUGCACAUUUUCUUUAUCCUAUAGAUACUAAGUACCCCGUUUUCUUUUGAAUAAUCUCAUGCACUUCCGUAUUAUACAUAUAUAUACACCACACACCAUACAUCAGUCAUCACUUGAGUAUUUUUCAACAGUUCAGCCAUAGUUCAAAACUUUCAUUCAGCCUUUCUUUAUAUAUUGUGUGUAACCCUUAUCUUCUUAUUGUUGUUCUCCUUUCCAGAUCAGAUUUUCGCAUUAUUUAUGUUUCUUUUAUGUUUGUUUUACUUUUUUGGGUUUUUUUUUAAAUUUUAUUCACUCGUUUGUCACACAUAUCUUUGUUAGUCAUCCCUAUAUGAUCUUUACUCACAUAUAUACAUAUACAUAUAUAUGUAUGAAAUGGAGAUUACUCACUACAGAUAAUAAUAGUUAUUAUUAUAAGUAGAAUAAUAUAAUAAUAAUACAUAUUUACACAUAUAUUUUCUUUUAUUUUUGUCCCCCUUGUCCAUUUCUAGAAAAAGAAGUCACUUCGUUAUAUUUUAUUUCAUUUUUCAUUUCUUGGUCCUGUUUUAUUUUGAGCCCUACUCAUCAUCUUACUGACAUACAUUCAUGCAUACAUACAUACAUUUUGUUUUUUGUUCCUAUCCAUUGAACAUUGAAUUUGUUUUCAUCGCCGCCUUAGGACUCUAUUUCUAUGAAGCGCCAUGCCAGUUGUACUUUCAAUUUAAGAUAUUAUUAUCAUUAUUACUAUUUUAAAUUUGUUUUAGUCUUUCUGUUAUUCGUUUGUUUAUUUUAUUUUCCACCCCUCCUUCGUUAGUUCGUUUGUUUGUUGUCUCUCUUUGUUUUUUUUUGUCUUGUUUAUUUGUUUGUUUGUCUGUUUCUGUAAAACCAAAUAAACUGUAGAUAAAUCUACUGAGAAGAAAAAUAAUAACAACCAAAGGUGGUAUGUUGUUGUUCACUGGGUAACCGUUUGUCAG